GUCGGAUUUAAGAAAAGCUAUACUUGUUCGAACUCUUCAGUCCAUGUGUGGUCUCCCUCCUCCGUUUCAUCCUUUCGAGGUUCCGUUGCUUCCCUCCAAAUCAACCGCCACGUCUCAUCGCCGGAAGCUGCAGUGCAGAGGGGUCGAGCGACCUCCUCAUCUUCGGACGCGCCCCACCGACGGACGGCGACCCAGAAAUGUCCGUGCCGGUCCGGACCCCGCGGUGGGUCUCCCCGCGGCGGAUCUUCGAGCAGAAGCUGUCGGACCUCCACCGGUGCACCAACUUGAGCCACAUCAAGCAAGUCCACGCCCAGGUCCUCAAGGCCAGCCUCCACCGGGACAUCGACGUGGCCGCGAAGCUCGUCGCGGCUUUCUCCCUCUGCCGCCACAUGGCGCUGGCCGUCAGCGUCUUCGACCAGAUUCCGGAGCCCACCGCGCAUCUGUACAACAUCCUGAUACGGGCCUACGCGCAGAACUCGCAGGCCUCCCGGGCCUUCGCGACUUUCUUCCAGAUGCAGCGGAAUGGGGUUUUCGCGGACAAUUUCACGUACCCUUAUCUUCUUAGGGCGUGCUGUGGCCAAGCUAGCUUGUCGCUGGUGCAAACGAUACACGCCCACGUCGAGAAGUUCGGGUUUUGUGCGGAUAUCUUCGUGCCGAAUUCGCUGAUUGAUACUUACUGCAAGUGUGGUUCAUUGGGUGUUAGAGCAGCUUGGAAGUUGUUUGAUUCGAUUGCAGUGCGAGACACGGUAUCCUGGAAUACUAUGAUCAAUGGGCUGGUGAAGGCGGGGCAGCUUCUAGAAGCUCGCCAGCUGUUUGAUGAAAUGCCGGAUAGAGACACGAUUAGUUGGAACAUCCUUUUGGAUGGAUAUGCGAAGGCUGGAGAAAUGAAUGCUGCGUUUGAAUUGUUCGGGGAAAUGCCACGGCGGAACGUCGUGUCAUGGUCUACUAUGAUUUCUGGUUAUAGUGAAGCUGGGGAGAUGGAUAUGGCCAGAGUUCUUUUUGACAAGAUGCCUGCGAAGAACUUGGUUCCGUGGACUAUAAUGAUAUCGGGAUAUGCCAAGAAGGGGAUGGCGAAGGAGGCCAGUCAGUUGUAUGAUCAAAUGGGGGAGUCUGGAUUAGUGGCUGAUGAUGGGACUCUUAUUAGCAUUUUGGCUGCUUCUACAGAGUCUGGUCUGCUUAGACUGGGUAUGAAAGUUCAUGCCUGGGUUGAGAGGACUAAAUUCAAGUGUAGUACUCUGGUCACCAAUGCACUGAUCGAUAUGUAUGCAAAGUGCGGUAGGUUGGAUGAUGCUCUAAGCAUCUUUAAUUUGAUGACCAAGAAAGAUACAGUGUCGUGGAACAUUAUGAUCCAAGGUUUGGCAAUGCAUGGGAAUGGCGAGAAAGCACUCUGCCUUUUCUCUAGAAUGGAAGAGGAAGGGUUUGAACCAGAUGGAGUUACAUUCAUUGGUGUGUUGUGUGCGUGUACCCACGCAGGUCUUGUUGAUGAAGGCCUAGAUUACUUUCAUGCAAUGGAAAGAGAUUUUAGGAUCGUUCCUCAAGUUGAGCACUAUGGCUGUGUCAUUGAUCUAUUGGGUCGUGGCAGUCGUCUUAAGGAGGCCUUUGCUCUUGUCCAGAGAAUGCCGAUGGAACCCAAUGCCAUUAUAUGGGGUACACUUUUGGGGGCCUGCCGUAUCCAUAACAAUACCGACGUGGCCUCAAAGGUGGUUGAUCAUCUAAUUAAAUUGGAUACUUCUGAUUCAGGUAAUUUCUCUCUGAUGUCAAAUAUUCACGCUGCAAUGGGUGACUGGGAGGGUGUUGCUAAUAUAAGGCGGCAAAUGAAGAGCACGAGGCUUCAGAAACCAUCCGGAGAAAGUUCAGUAGAGUUGGGCAAUGGGGUCCAUGAAUUUACAGUAUUUGAUACAUCACACCCUGAAUCGGAUGGAAUUUAUCAAAUGAUAACAACUUUGGGUUUGGAGCUUGAGUAAAAGAAGACUAAUCCAAAAGGGUACUAAAAGAACGCGGCACAGAUGUUCCAUUAGUCAAUCCCGCUCCUACUCAAGGUGACUGGAUGCCUGGAUGCGCCAACACUGAGAUCUUCACAAAAUGAGAAGCAUGUUCAUCCAAGGGCAUGUAGCCAUUCUGAUCUCGUUGGUGCAUCUAUCGAGCUUUAGCUAUUGCUUACUCUCUUUGGCUCUUUGUGUGCAUUGGACGGGCUUAUUGCCGAUGACACCAAUCAAUGUUUUCUUCAUGAGAUUUUCAUUCAGGCCUGGCACAUUUAAAUGUCAUAUAGAUAUUUACAAUGUAACCGCUGAAGCUGCAUACGCAAGAUGAGGGCAUCUUUUGGGAGAUUGACGAGGCAAAGCAAAACCAAGCUCUCCAUGAGUUUUUACUCGAUGCAUCAUCUAGUCCGCAUAGCAGCCAUUGCAUGAGGGAGGUUCUUUCUUUAAGAAUUUGUGCUAGCGCAUCUUGACUGUUACGAAAGUGUGCAAGGCACUUUCCACCGUUAAUUUUGUGAAUUGCCUGGAGGAUUGGAGACGUUCCUAUCAGGGAGAAGACAUACAGCCACUAAUUGUUGCUUGCGACUUGGUCCUAGCUGCAAUCCGUUGUCCUUCUGAUAUUAUAUGCAUAUUCUCUGUAUCUAAUUCCUUGUUCAUGUGUAAAUUGGCAGGACAACCAAAGAGGGACAUUUGCAUACAGACAAUCAGCCUUAGAUGGAUCGCUCUCCUCGAGAUACUUGCGCAGCAAUUACUGAAGCAGGAAGAUAGGAGACAGUUUUUAAGAAAUUUGGAGGGAGAUUCAUACUUUGCCAAGCUAAGAGAAAACUUCUGUUAAUCAGCUGGAAGUGGAAGUUCGGUAGCCUUUCCAGAAAGACCAAUAGUAAGCGGCUGGCCUCGUGACACGUCACCCAAAAAGCCACAUAGAAAAAGUUCACUUCCCUUCAUCCUAUAUCCACAAAGGGCAUGUCCCGAAACAAGGCUUCAAGCUUGGGCCACGUGGAGGUUCAUAUCCAAUAGCCCAUACUUUCCUUCGGAGAGCUUACCGUAGCUGCAUCCAACCAGGACCAAGACACCUUGUGGUGCACAUUCAACCUCGCUUCCUCUAUAAAAUACUUCCUCAAGUCUCCACUUCUGCACCAUCUCUAUCAUAUCUGCAUUCUGAGACCGUGAGAGGAGAGGAUCGCGUUAACAAGUUCAGUUUAGUUAGAGCAUAAGCGACAGCGACCAUGGAGGCUUGCUUUCUCACCUCAAAUUCCUUCACCAAGUCCAUCAAGGUAGUCCCUUCGGCUAAGCCCAAGUCGUUCGCCCCUCA